GUAAGCUGGCUGGCAAUGGCAACGAGAGAAGCAAACUUGGCUGCUUGCGCCCCUAUUUCUAGACAGAUACUCUCUCUCUCUCUCUCUCUCUCUCUCUCUCUCUCUCUCUCUCGUCUUCAUCUCUCCCUUGCCAGUCUGUCAUCCUCUCUCUCUCUCUCUCUCUCUCUCUCUCUCUCUCCCUACAUUUAUUUUCUUAUACAGCCCUCUAUAUAUAAACCCUUCAUUUUCUUAGACAAAAAAACACAGAGAGAUUUCAUAUCUAUCUUGUAUCUAAGCAGGCAGGUGUCAACAACAUGAGUCUCUUUGGCCUCGGCAGCAGGAACCAGAAGACAUUUCGACCUAAAAAGAGUGCUCCAUCUGGGAGUAAGGGUGCACAACUUCAAAAACACAUCGAUGCUACCUUGGGUAGUGGCAACUUGAGAGAAGCUGUGCGUCUACCUCCUGGAGAAGAUCUGAACGAAUGGCUGGCAGUGAAUACUGUUGACUUCUUUAAUCAGGUGAACAUUCUCUAUGGCACUCUUACAGAAUUCUGCACUGCAUCAACCUGUCCGACAAUGACUGCAGGAACAAAAUACGAGUACAGAUGGGCUGAUGGAGUUACUAUAAAAAAGCCUAUAGAGGUCUCUGCUCCCAAGUAUGUCGAGUAUUUAAUGGACUGGAUUGAAACUCAGCUGGAUGAUGAAUCGAUUUUUCCUCAGAAAUUGGGCACACCAUUUCCACCCAAUUUUGCGGAUGUUGUGAAGACAAUACUCAAGCGCUUGUUCCGCGUGUAUGCUCAUAUCUAUCACACGCACUUUCAGAAGAUUAUCAGCCUGAAGGAAGAAGCUCACCUGAACACAUGUUUUAAACAUUUUGUUCUCUUCACAAAUGAAUUUCGCUUGAUUGACAAAGGGGAGCUUGCACCUCUAUCUGAGCUUGUUGAUUCAAUUCUGCAGCAGUAGUGCCUCCUCGAAGUCUCCUGGACAUGCUUCUCUAGUAUGGAAAAUAAACAUGGAAAUACAGAUCUUUAGGGACUUUGCAUUGAAGAUUCAUCUUCAUGCAUGAAACCAGUAGUUUAUCGUAAACUUUUUAGAAGUUUGUUUGUUCUAUCGCAGUAGGUAAAAAUGGUUUUUAGCUUUUGUGUGCUCAUUUUACUUUUCGGGGAUCAGAGAUGUACCUUUCCUGUUCUUAAUUUGAUAUACCUUAGACAGACA